AUGAGGAUGGAAAGUAGUGAAGAAGAAGAUGAUUUUCCAUGUAUUGAAAGUGUUACUCCACAGUCUAAGAUCGACUCCCUUUACCAGUCCAACACUGAAAAAGGAAUCAGGAAAAUCUGUUUUGAGCUUUUGGAUUUGAAGGAUGCGGUAGAGAACCUGUGUGGUAAUACUCGAACAAAGUGCUUGGCCUUCUUGAGAUUGUCUGAGGAAGUUGUGGAAACAGAACACGAGCUCAAUGAGCUUAGAAAGCAUAUAUCCGCCCAGGGGAUUCUUGUUCAAGAUCUCAUGAAUGGUGUACGCAGAGAAUUGGAUGAAUGGAGCCGAGCUAGUGGUGAUAUCCAAGAAGCUAAUGAAAGUUCCCGAAGCUCUGAUUAUGAUGAUACUUUCAUAAAUGACAUGGAAGAUGAAAACGUGUUAUUCUUGGAAAAUAUUGAUGUUCUUCUGGCUGAGCACAAGAUUGAUGAAGUAAUAGAUGCAAUAGAUGCUAAAGAAAGAAGUCAUCCUGAGCUGAAAAGUUCAGGAGACACUUCAUCUACUGAACCAUCAUCUUUUAAAUCUGCUUUGUCUAAAAGAAAAAAGAUGCUUGAGAAUCAGCUGGUUGAGAUCACUGAACGACCCUCAAUUGGCAUUGUCGAACUUAAGAAGGCCUUGUCUGAUUUGCUCAAGCUCGGGAAAGGUUCUUUGGCACAUCAGCUACUUGUUAAGUCGUACAGAUCUCGUCUCCAGAAAAGUAUUGAGGCUUUCCUCCCCCUUUGUCCUUGUUAUCCCGAGACUUAUUCGGCCACAGUAUCUAACCUUGUAUUCUCUACCAUUUCUUUGACUACUAAGGAAUCCAGUGCGAUGUUUGGUGACAAUCCUGUUUAUAGCAACAGAAUUAUUCAGUGGGCAGAAAGGGAAAUUGAAUACUUUGUGCGGUUGGUUAAAGAACAUGCACCGCCUUCUGAUGGAGCUCCUGCUUUACAUGCAGCAAGUGUUUGUGCUCAGGCCAGUCUUAACCACUGUAACGCCUUGGAGAAACAGGGCCUUAAACUGUCAAAAUUACUCUUGGUGCUUUUGAGCCCAUAUAUAGAAGAAGUCCUUGAGUUGAACUUUAUACGAGCCAGGAAAGCGGUUCUUGAUGCUUCAAGUGAUGAAGGGAAACCAUUGUCACCUCGCUUUGCAUCUCCUUUAUCUACAUUUGCAACUACAUCUGAUACUCUGCUUAUUGAAAGUGGAAUGAGAUUCAUAUAUGUAGUCAAAGAAAUAGUGGAGAAGCUCACCCAGUUAGUCAUUCUACAUUUUGGAGCUAAUAUAUUGACCAGAAUUUCACGACUUUUUGACAAGUAUGUGGAUUCACUGAUUAAAGCUCUACCUGGUCUUUCUGAGGAUGAUAAUCUCACAGAGCUGAAAGAACCUGUUCCUUUUAGAGCUGAAACAGACUCUGAGCAGCUUGCACUAUUGGGAACUGCAUUUACCAUUGCUGAGGAACUAUUGCCUAUGGUUGUAUCUAGAAUUUGGAAUGUUCUUAAUGAAAGCAAGGAAGUGGGGUCUGAAAAUAUUAUGCCUGCCGCAAACAAUACCGUAGAACUCAAGGACUGGAGGCGUCAACUUCAGCAUUCACUGGACAAACUUAGAGAUAAUUUCUGUCGACAAUAUGUUGUUAAUUUCAUAUACUCAAGAGAUGGCGAUGCACGAUUAGAUGCACAGAUUUAUUUGAGUGGUGUCGGGGAAGAUUCAAUUUGGGACACUGAUCCGCUACCAUCAUUGCCAUUUCAGGCAUUAUUUGGUAAGCUGCAGCAAUUAGCAACUGUGGCAGGAGAUGUUCUUCUAGGAAGAGAGAAGAUACAGAAGGUUUUGCUUGCCAGGCUGACAGAGACUGUGGUAAUGUGGUUGUCUGAUGAACAAGAAUUUUGGAGUGUUCUAGAGGAUGAGUCAGCUCCUCUGCAGGCGCUGGGUCUGCAGCAGUUAAUUCUUGACAUGCACUUCACUGUUGAAAUCGCGAGAUUUGCGGGCUAUCCAUCAAGGCAUGUGCAUCAAAUAUCAUCAGAUAUAAUUGCACGUGCAGUCAGGACGUUUUCUGCCAGGGGCAUAGAUCCACAAAGUGCGCUACCUGAGGACGAAUGGUUCACCGAAACUGCAAAAGGAGCCAUAAACAAGCUUCUCCUAGGUGGUUCUGGAUCAGAUGCAUCUGAGAUUGAUGACGAUCACAUCAUUAUGCAUGAUGGGGGGAUGUCGGACUCUGAUGGAUCGCCUUCUCCCCUCUCUAGUGCAGAUAGUUCUGAGUCAUUUGCUUCAGCACAAAUGGGUGAUUUGGAUAGCCCUGUGUAUUUAUCUGAUCCUGAGAGUUGAAACAAUGCUGUCUAUUGUCUAAUUACUUCCCAGUGACUUGCAUUUAGAUGUACCAAAGAAAAAGAGUGACUUGCAUAGAAGUUGUAUCUGUUGCAAGUGAUGUGUUAGGUUAGGAUGGUAGGAGAAACGCUGUACUUGUUAUUUCCCCUGUUCUGUUGUAUCCAAAUAGUAGUAACGUUAUCAAUUAAUUAUUUGGCAUUAAAGGGUUAUCGGCUGCAA